GUCCACAACGUUCAUCGGUACCGUCUCUCUCUAGCUAUAUAUCUCUACUCCCUCUGGCUGCACUGAAUCAGACCAUGGCAUCUGCUAUCAAACGAAAAUGGACCGAAAUAGAUAAUUCUGAUGAUGAGGAACCUUCGCUGGGUCGACAAGCCCUUCCAGUCGCUAAACUCCCAAAUGACUUCGAUGGCACACCAUUGGAUGGGCUCCAAUAUCUGUUUACUGUUCGUCGUGAUUCUAAAUUGCUGCCUCAUGUUACCCGGGUGCCAAAUCCGUAUGAAGUCGAAGAGAAGCCUCCGACUGAAUCCGUUCAAACGGAGACUAUAUCAGUUGGUCGAGAUUAUUUACCCUCACAGGAGUGGCAGGAUCUCUUUCUCCGGCGAUUUAAGAACUUCCGACAAAAUACUCUUCAAUCAACUAUUCACGUACACGUCCCCAUUGCAGGUCCUUCUAAGAAGAUCAUACCUGACAAGAAGGAACGCGAUGCUUGGUGGGCCUUUCUUUCGGGCAAACCUGAGUCAGAAUGGAACCCUCCUAAGAAACCAAAGGUACCCAAAUCUCAAAAAUCCAGAGGCAAGGGCAUGCGAGGCUUCUCCGACGAUACAUAUGAUAACGUGUCACAAACUGCGAGUUCAUGCAGUCAUACCUGGACGGUCACCGACACUGGCGAAGUCGAACUAGCUGAACAGUCGGUGUUAUCACAAUCGCCAUCUUUACUUGACCAGGCAUUUCCACCCGACAAAAGAUCUGUCCUAGGUACCGUUAAGACGUCUCCUCCAGCAAAACUAUUGCAACGGGAACCUACACCUACGCUGCUGCGUGGAAUUGACCAUCGCUACUCCUUGCAUCUCCUCAUGUAUUUCACGCAUUGGAUUAACCUGCAUAUGGAACAGCCUCAUCCUCGAACAUCACGAAUGACAGAAACACACGCCAGAUGGAUGUUUGCUCUCCUUUCUCGUGUGGAAGAUUACGUGUCCGCAGACGAAAUGAGCUUGUUGCGCAGUCUCGCUCGUGCAUGCAUGGCACUGCUGAAGGAAAGACUACAACAGCGGCAAGACGGAGAACCUCCAUCAUCGGAUGAAGAUGAAGAACUCAGUGUGAGUUCGUGUUGGAUGAUUAUAACCGCAGUCACGGGUAUCUGGGGACAGAGGGACCUUUGGAUGGAUGUCGAGAACGAAUACACCAAGUAUAACUGGCCCGAGGCUCGGAUGUGAACUUUUUCAUUCGCAUUCUGGGGCUCUCGAAGCAUCUAUCGAUUUCGUGUUCAAAUACACAGAAAUACAUAUG